AUGACAGACGCAUCAACACCCCUCACAGCACUCUGCAACAUCUGCCACAGCGCACCACCCAGAUACACCUGCCCCCGCGACGCCGUCCGCACCUGCAGUCUCGCCUGCUCCCAAAGCCACAAACGCCGCGCCGCCUGCACAGGAAUCCGCGACCCAGCCGCCUACAUCUCAAAAUCCUCUCUUCAAACCGCCGGCGGUAUCGACCGCGACUACAACUUUCUGAGCGGGGUGGAACGCAACAUCUCUCGCGCCGACAAAGAGACCAGUGAACGAGGAGUUUCGCUGGACGGAAAAGGCAAAGCUGUGUUUCAAAAGAGAUGGCAUGAUAAUGGGGCACUGGGAAAGUAUUUGCGGGAUAAUGGGGUUGUGGUGCAUAAAGCGCCGAUAGGGAUGGCGAGGCAAAAGGCCAAUCAGACGAGGUUCAUUGCGAAGAGUAAGAGGAUUGUGUGGAGUGUGGAGUGGGUUGUUGAGGGUGAGAAGAGGGUUGCUGAGGUUGAUGAGAGUAGGAGUAUUGAAGAGGCUUGGAAGGAGUUGGUGGUUGAGAAGGAGAGGGAGAAUAAGAAGAGAAAGAGGACACAGGAAGAUGCAGGAGCAAAGGCGCAGAAGCAGAAGGUGCAAUCAGAGAAGCCUGACGCCGACAAAUCAAAAACACAAGUUGUGGAAGGUGCGACAACUGAACUGGAAUCAGAAGGAUCAGCGACAAACGAGCCCUCGGUCGCUCCUUCUACACACGAAACCACAACACAAGACGCACCUUCACAGCAAGAACAAGCAUCCGAGGACACCACUUUACCACAGGAGAACACCCACUUCUACCUUCACAAACCACACACCUCAUCAACAAACACCGUCCUCAUUCCUCUGACCCCAACAACAACUUUAACACACGCCCUCCAUCAAAAACAUGUCCUCGAAUUUCCCACAAUAUACGCCUUUAUCUCAAACAUACUCGGAACAACAAACCCCUUGCCCAAAGGCUUUAUAACUGUCCAGCAAUACAAUGCCGAAAGAUCAGCCGAGGAUCAAGAGUUGAUGGGAUUGAUGGAGUCGAUUCCAGAUGGACAGAGAAAGAUUGCCUUGGAUGGAGGUAUCUUUGGCGGUGGUGAGGAGAAAAAUGAGACGGUGGAUGAGAAAGAGAUUUUGGAGGUGCUGCAACGGGAUGCUGAUGCGCUAAAAUAG